AUUUCAGUUUUCUUUUCCGUUUUGUGCAAUUUCACUUAUGAUACCGGCCAAUGCUUGGUUGCUAUUUUGGAAAUUCCCCUUAGGGGGUGCCCCUCAACUGGCCCUAUAAAGGGCCAGCCUGAGCUGCAGAGGAUUCCUGCAGAGGAUCAAGACAGCACGUGGACCUCGCACAGCCUCUCCCACAGGUACCAUGAAGGUCUCCGCGGCGGCCCUCGCUGUCAUCCUCAUUGCUACUGCCCUCUGCGCUCCUGCAUCUGCCUCCCCAUAUUCCUCGGACACCACACCCUGCUGCUUUGCCUACAUUGCCCGCCCACUGCCCCGUGCCCACAUCAAGGAGUAUUUCUACACCAGUGGCAAGUGCUCUAACCCAGCAGUCGUCUUUGUCACCCGAAAGAACCGCCAAGUGUGUGCCAACCCAGAGAAGAAAUGGGUUCGGGAGUACAUCAACUCUUUGGAGAUGAGCUAGGAUGGAGAGUCCUUGAACCUGAACUUACACAAAUUUGCCUGUUUAUGCUUGCUCUUGUCCUAGCUUGGGAGGCUUCCCCUCACUAUCCUACCCCACCCGCUCCUUGAAGGGCCCAGAUUCUACCACACAGCAGCAGUUACAAAAACCUUCCUCAGGCUGGACGUGGUGGCUCACGCCUGUAAUCCCAGCACUUUGGGAGGCCAAGGUGGGUGGAUCACUUGAGGCCAGGAGUUCGAGACCAGCCUGGCCAACAUGAUGAAACCCCAUCUCUACUAAAAAUACAAAAAUUAGCCGGGCGUGGUGGCCCAUGCCUGUAAUCCCAGCUACUCGGGAGGCUAAGGCAGGAAAAUUGUUUGAACCCAGGAGGUGGAGGCUGCAGUGAGCUGAGAUUGUGCCACUUCACUCCAGCCUGGGUGACAGAGUGAGACUCCAUCACAACAACAACAACAAAAAGCCUCCCCAACUAAAGCCUAGAAGAGCUUCUGAGGCGCUGCUUUGUCAAAAGGAAGUCUCUAGGUUCUGAGCUCUGAAACCCCUUGGCUUUGCCAGGGCUCUGUGACCAGGAAGGAAGUCAGCAUGCCUCUAGAGGCAAGGAGGGGAGGAACACUGCACUCUUAAGCUUCCACCGUCUCAACCCCUCACAGGAGCUUACUGGCAAACAUGAAAAAUCGGCUUACCAUUAAAGUUCUCAAUGCAACCAUAAA